CCCUGCGGCGGAGGCAGCGGACCGGAAAAAUCAAAUUCUUCAAUAAGUCAUCAAUUUGAGAUGCCUUCUUCCAAGAAGAAACACUCGAAAUCCGCCUCAAGGCUCUCGCAAUCCGACCCAAAUGCUUCUCCUUCUCCAUCACCCUCCGUGCCUUCAUCCCCAUACACUCCUUCGCCGUUUUCCAACUCAAACCGGGGCCCAGAACUCGCUGAAGAUGACCUCCGGUGCUACCUUGAAGAAGCUUCUAGAAAGUUCCCGUCUUUCAUAUCCGCGGCUGCUUUCAUUGGCCGCGUCUCUGAAGAGGCUGCCACUGCUGAGGGAGUGGGUUCUUCCGGAUGUAAAAUUUGGCUCUCCGAAGCUUCCAUGGUCUCUUCUUCAAUUUCUCCCGGCUCUCUCGUUUCGGUGUCCCUUGCUUCUUCGGAUAGCCUCAGUAAUUUCCCUCUAAGCGCUUUACCAGAUGAGUGCACAAGGCACCUUGGAUUUGGGUUUACAGAGCAAUUGGGUGAUGAAGCAGGAAACUAUUUUGUUCUUGCAACUGUAUUCCCCUCUUGUAAGGUUUUAAAGUCUGCAGUGCGACUUUCUUCAAACCUUUCAUGGACAAUGGGCUGUCCUGUUUCUGGACGGACUAUUUUUGUUCAUCCUGUAAUUGAUCAACCACUGCGGGUUAUUUUAAAUGGAAAUGAGAAUUUACCGAACCCUAAAGCUAGUUGCUUUUCGUUGUGCAACUGCGAGGAAUUAUACUUAAAACCUAUAUCUUCAAAGGAAAAUUUUAUGGUGAAGAGUACUGUAUCCUCUCAAAUAGCAUCUACCACUGGAAAGGUAAUAGGUCGAGCUGAGAAUGGAAAGAUUUCAUCCCCAACAACUCCGUCACACUCCCAUACAAGACUUAGCUCACCUGGACCUUAUGAGUCAAAUGCAUCAAGUUAUCAAGAAUCAGUCUCAAAUUCAUUUGAUCUGAAUGGUAUAUCUAGCAACAUAACUUACAUGAUGGAAGUUUUGGAGGAUGAGAAUUCAAAAAAACUUAUGCAAACUUGUGUUGGUUUUUCACUACAUUCUCGUAGCUUACUUUGUGGAAACCUUGUGACCAUCCCAGUACUUUCUAGGCUUUGCACAUUUCUGGUCACAGGAGCCAAAAAAUUCUCCACAAAAGGCAAUCAAUGUUUGAAGGACAAAAGCAAUCAGAAACCUUUUCCACAUGCCACAGAUUUGGAGGACCAUGCAAAUGUUGCUUUCUUGAUUGAUCAUGAAACUAAAGUUUGUAUACAAUUCCCACAAAAUAUUCAAGAUGGUGCUCCAACAAGAGGAGCUGCAUUGUUGACCGAACUUGAGUGUGCAGGUGGCAAAACUAAUAUAGCAUCUGAUGUUUCAAAGUUGGGUGGCCUUACAAAGGAAUCUGCAGAGUUAAAAGACAUAAUAAUAUCAUCAGCAGUGAAAGGUGUAGUGGCUAGCAUGGGUUUACGACCUACAAAAGGAGUACUUCUUCAUGGACCACCUGGAACAGGAAAGACUUCUUUGGCUCGAUUUUGUGCUCACUGUACAGGUGUGAACUUUUUCUCUGUGAAUGGGCCUGAAAUCAUAAGUCAAUAUUAUGGAGAAAGUGAACGAGCAUUGCAUGAAAUCUUUGAUUCAGCUGCCCAGGCUACACCUGCUGUGGUGUUCAUUGAUGAGGUGGAUGCCAUAGCACCUGUGCGGAAAGAUGGUGGUGAUGAGCUUUCUCAAAGAAUGGUAGCAACGUUGUUGAACUUGAUGGAUGGAAUAAGCAGAACCGAUGGGCUGCUUGUUAUUGCAGCAACCAACAGGCCUGACAGUGUUGAGCCUGCACUUAGACGGCCUGGAAGAUUUGACAGAGAAAUUGAAAUAGGUGUACCAUCUCCAAGACAACGUUACGAAAUACUGCUGGUGCUUCUCAGUGAGAUGGAACAUUCACUUGUGGACUUGGAUAUUCAACAUCUUGCUACAGCUACACAUGGUUUUGUGGGUGCUGAUCUAGCAGCUCUCUGUAAUGAAGCAGCCUUGUCUUCUCUCAGGAGGCAUGUAAACUUAAAAAUGUCAUAUGGUGAUACAAAUAGCAAAUCAUCAACUCCUCUACAGAAUGGUUGCUCUGAUGUUUCCCUUUGCUUCGAAGAAAGUAAACUUCCAUCUGUCAACAGUGCUGUGGAGGGCUCAUCAUUAGUUACAGAAACAUGCAUUUCAUCAGAUAUUGUGAAUGGAGUGAAUGUAAAUGGGACAUGCACUACAGAAAAUGGUAUUUUGACAGUGACAAGUGAUGAUUUUGAAAGUGCUAGAUUUAAAGUAAGACCAAGUGCCAUGAGAGAGGUAAUGCUCGAGGUUCCAAAGGUUAACUGGGAGGAUGUUGGUGGGCAAAGAGAGAUUAAGAUGCAAUUAAUGGAAGCUGUUUUGUGGCCCCAAAAGCAUCAAGAAGCAUUUAAACGGAUCGGAACCCGCCCCCCAACUGGGGUUUUGAUGUUUGGUCCUCCGGGAUGUAGCAAAACACUUUUGGCACGUGCUGUUGCUUCUGAGGCUGGGCUAAAUUUUCUUGCUGUGAAGGGCCCCGAACUUUUCAGCAAAUGGGUAGGUGAAUCAGAAAAGGCCGUUAGAGCUCUGUUUGCAAAAGCGAGGGCAAAUGCCCCCUCUAUUAUAUUUUUUGAUGAAAUAGAUGGCCUUGCUGUUGUCCGUGGGAAAGAGAGUGAUGGAGUCUCUGUUUCAGACCGGGUGAUGAGUCAACUUCUGGUUGAAUUGGACGGUUUGCACCAAAGAGUGAAUGUUACUGUUAUUGCUGCUACAAAUCGGCCAGACAAGAUCGACCCUGCCCUCUUAAGACCAGGUCGUUUUGAUCGGCUUCUAUACGUGGGCCCACCAGAUGAGAAUGAUCGUGAAGAUAUAUUCCGUAUUCAUUUGCGCAAGAUUCCGUGUCAUUCUGACGUAUGCAUUAAAGAACUUGCCCUUCUCACCAAAGGAUGUACGGGUGCUGAUAUAUCCCUAAUCUGCCGUGAAGCAGCUAUUGCAGCUAUCGAAGAGAAUCUUGGAGCCUCGGAAAUAACAAUGGAGCACUUGAAGGCUGGCAUUCUAAGAGUACAGCCCGCCGAUGUUCUGUCGUACAAGGCGUUAUCAACUAAGUUUCAGAGACUUGUUCACUCAUCUACUAAAGGAGCCGAUUUGACGUCCCCAUCGUGCUUAAAUAGAUCAAGCGAGACACAUUUCUGGGCUCUAUUAAGAUCGACAGCUAUGUUUCUUUAUCGGCUUCCUUCCUCAAUUUUGCGGUCAAUGUCCUCUUUGAGCAGCUAGACACUACGGUUUCUUCCACAACGGGGAAAUUUAUUUGAUGCCCUCGGAGAAGAUCUAAGACAACUCGGGGAGACUGAAGAACUCAUGUUUCUUGCCUUCAAUCCCCCACUGAUAGAUAAGAUAAUUCGGGCAUUAUUAAUACUCAAGAUUUUUUGCCAGAUAUCAACAGUGAUACUGCUGAGAUGAUCUCCAGGUCUUGUCUGGUUGAUAUUGUAAAUUAGUGUGUGGUGAUAUAUGGCAGAGGUUUUGAUAUGUUUUAUGUUUGGAGACCAAAACUACAUAAAAUUUUUAGCUGGAAUGGAUUGUGUUUGUGUGUAAUCAUAUGCAGCCAUGAAUGGUUCUUUUUUUCUCUCUCA